UGGCUGCCUUGCCAAGAUCCUCAUAAGCCUCUUCUAGUUGGUUAAGUUUGAUCUCUAUUAAAUCCCUUCUUUAAAGAGUUUUGGCAUUGCUACCAUCAAACUCAACGAUUAAGGAGCAAGGUUCCUUAGUUUGUUCAUAAUCAUGACCUUUAAGGCACAAGCUGCAAGAUUCAAUUCCAAAGAAAUAACAAGACUCCCCAUUUACCAAUUUGGCAAGUAAAAAAAAAAAAAAAUUGUAGGAAGAAGCUAGAAAACACAGGGAAGGGUCUAGCUCCGCGCCCACCGCACCGCAAUACACUGCUCUGCGCUUCUAAAUUUCUAAUACAACCAAUAGGAGAGAGAAAGUAAGCCAUGGAUUCCGACGAAGAAGACUUCGUGUUCUUCGGAACUCCUAUUGAAAGAGAAGAAGACCUCACUACUCGCAAGAAGAAGGCCCUUGCUGAAUCUUCUUCUCAACUUCGCACCCUUCCUUCAUGGAAACAAGAGGUCAGAGAUGAAGAAGGGAGGAGAAGAUUUCACGGAGCAUUCACUGGAGGGUAUUCUGCUGGUUUUUACAAUACAGUGGGUUCAAAAGAGGGUUGGGCUCCACAGUCAUUCACAUCUUCCCGGAAGAACAGAGCUGAAGCUAAAAAGCAGAGUAUUUUGGACUUUCUGGAUGAUGAUGAAAAAGAUGAAAUGGGAGGCCAAGUUUUGGGAACAUCAUCACAAUUUGAUACGUUUGGAUUUACUGCUGCAGAGCUUUCUCGCAAACAAGUUGAGAAGGAGCAGAAGCAGAGGCCAUCAAUUAUUCCGGGUCCUGUUCCUGAUGAAUUAGUUAUUCCUGCUACAGAAUCCAUUGGUGUAAAGUUGCUGUUGAAGAUGGGAUGGCGCCAUGGUCGAUCAAUAAAGGAUUCUUCUAUUAAUUCUCUCCAUGAGGCUCGCCGAGAAGCUAGAAAAGCAUUUAUGGCCCUUUCUUCUGCCGACAAAACUUCUGAUAUGGCUGGCUCUGAGCCCCAUAAGAAUGGUUCUGAUGACCUUAUGGAGGAGCUAGCUACUGAUGAUGUUCAGUCUACCCGGAGCACACCAGUAUAUGUACGUCAGCCAAAGCAGGAUUUGUAUGGUCUAGGUUAUGAUCCAUACAAGCAUGCUCCAGAAUUUCGAGAAAUGAAAAGAUCACGCUUAUCAGGGAAUAAUGAGAUUGGAUAUAGAAAAACUUCAUCAUCAAGACAAGAACCUCUUAUUGCCAAAUCAGGAAAGCUUGCUUCUGGUUUUGGCAUUGGUGCCCUGGAAGAAUAUGAUGUUGAGGAUGAGGAUAUCUACUCAUCUGGACAUGAUAACGUUGAGACUUAUCUCCCAAAUGAUGAUGAUGAGCUCUUGAGACUGGAAAUGGUUGAUGGGCAAAAAGCAGCUGAAGUGAACCAAGGUUUUGGUCUUAGAUUCAGAGUUGCAUCUAAUUCUGAUUAUCAGCUGGAAAGAUUUGAUCCUCCAAUUAUUCCGAAAGAUUUUGUGCCACAACACAAGUUUCCUGCUCCUCUUGAAACAAAUCUGAUGAGCGACCCCCCUCCACCAGAGGUUGCACCUCCUGCUGACAAUAACCUUAAAGUCAUGAUUGAGGGAGUUGCAGCUCUGGUGGCUCGUUGUGGUAAAUUAUUUGAGGACAUUUCUAGAGAAAAGAACCAGACCAAUCCACUGUUUAGUUUUCUUAAUGGCGGAAGUGGCCAUGAUUAUUAUGCAAGGAAGUUAUGGGAAGCACAACAGAAGUGUAAUGGUCAAAUUAGAAUGCGGCCAGAUGAAAAGUUACAUUCCGUUGUUCAGAAAUUGACUGCUGAGAGUCGUGGGAAAAUCUUAGGGGAAAGGCCACUGGAAAGGACAUUACGUGAUUCAAGCUCUGUUGCUGCUGCUGCUGAUGAUGAUAAUGAUAAUGUUCAAUCCAGUCUGUCAGAUACAUUCAUUAAGCCUGAAGUGAUUAAGGAACUCCUUGAAACUGCAAAGACUUACAAAGAUGAUCCAGCAAAGCAAGAAAGAUUUGAGCAAUUCCUAAAGGACAAAUAUCAGGGAGGACUUCGUGUGACAGAUACAGGUAAAUCAGCUUAUAUGUCGGAAGAUGCUAGAGCUCGUGAGAGAUUGGAUUUUGAGGCGGCUGCUGAGGCAAUACAGAAAUCCAGAUCUGCCAACCAAAGCAAGCUUUCUGGCCAGCAGUCAAUGGACUUCACUAUGGCAACUGGAAUGCAGUUUACCUCUGGUGGAAUUCAGCUUGGGAAGGAAAUCUCUACUGAAGAAUUGGUGUCAAAGAAGAUAUAUCCGAAGCGUGAGGAAUUCCAAUGGCGACCUGCCCCUUUAUUGUGCAAGCGUUUUGACAUUGUUGAUCCUUUUAUGGGAAAACCGCCUCCUGCUCCAAGGAUAAGAGGCAAGGUGGAUUCUCUCAUUUUUGCCCCAGAUACUGCUAAAAUUAAGAAGACAGAAGAUGUAGUUAUCUCUAAUGAGCUGUCCAUGGACAUGAGUAGCAAAGAAGCUGAAGUUUCUGUGGAAAUUGAAAAUAUUGAGCGACCAAUUGACCUAUACAAGGCUAUAUUCUCUGAUGACUCUGACAACGAAGAGGAAGUUUCUGCUUUAAAUGAAAUGGAAGAUCCACAGAAGAAGACUGAAGCUGCUAGUGCUGCAUUUAGUCGCAUAGUAGCGGGUGACUUUUUGGAGUCUUUGGGCAAAGAGCUUGGCCUAGAGGUUCCGCCAGAUCUACCAUCUGCGACUACUAAAGCUGGGAUUUCUGCGCCUCAUAAAGAUGUCACUGAUAUCCAGGCAAAGGAUUUGCCAUCACCUCCAGCCCUGGGUACAGUCUGUGAAGUUUGGGACAAUAUAACCUUGAAUCGGGUGGUUGAUGACAAGGAAAGAGCGCAAAAAGAAUCACCUAUAAGGGGAAAGGACGUCAUUACUCCAAUUUCGCAGAGUGUCAGCAAUAAAAAACUGGAGAGGGCAGAUCGAGGGAACAGAAAAAAGAAAUAUGAGUCCAGUAGUUCGUCUUCAGAAGGUGAAAGGAGUAGGAAACGCUCUAGGAAGCAUCAUCGUAGACACAGUAGUUCAGAUGAUGAUGCUUCUGAUGAUUCCAGAAGUCGGCAUAGUUCUAGGUCGAGAGAUGACAAAAGGCGUUCUCCUCGGAAGAAGCAUCGAAGGAGAAAGCAUUCGAGGCAUAGGUGACAGUGGGAAGGUUACUCGGUACAUAGUGAAUACAGGGGAAAUCUGAAAAUCAAGCCAUAGAUUAUUGAGUCCAGCUAUUCAGGCAAGAAGAGAGUUGUUUUGGGACUGAUGGAUCAUGGUUUGUCAUGGCUAACAUUGUAGCAUGAAGAAAUGAAUGUAUUUCAUGUACCUUUCAAGAUUCAGUGAUUCCUAGGGACAAAUAUAAUUGUAUAUUCUUUGGUGAUGUUGAAAUUGAUCAUGCUUACAUGUCCUCUCUAACGCCUCAACCUCAUACUUUGAGACUUGAGGCUUUGGGGGACUUAAGAGGGUAUUUUUGUGAUGCUUGGGAGCUGAUACAGGCUAUACGGCGGUAUCUUGGGGCUAUUUGGGGAUUUAAUACACCAUAGUGCUAAAUUUUGGGUUUCUCCACAUUUCUAAUAAGAUAUAGUACUCGUAGAAAAUUACAUGUA